AUGUUGCUAGACAUCGGAGCAUCACAUUCAUUCAUAGAAUCUGCAUUCGCGUCUAUUUUGGGGUUAGAAAGUGAACAACUAGAGUCUCCACUCAUGGUAGAGUCACCUGUUGAGGAUAUGUCGGGUUUUGAUAUCAUUCUUGGCAUGGAUUGGUUGUCCUCCUAUUGUGCCAUUAUAAACUAUUACUGUAGGAGAGUUACUGUGUGCACAUUGGGUGGUGAUUGUUUCUCCUUUCUGGGGGAUAGAAUUGAUAGAUUGCUACUAUCGUGGUAUGACCCACGUACUCGAGGCAAACUUAGCUCUCUUCUUGCAACCUUCUUGGUUGAUGGGAAUAGUAGGAUUCAAAGUGUAUUCCCUAGAGUGGUUUAUGAAUAUUUUGAUGUCUUUCCUGAGGACCUCGCUGAAUUGCCACCUUACCGUGAGGUCAAGUUUUCUAUAGACUUGGUGCCCAACACGGCACCCAUAUCUAUGUCACCCUAUAGAUUUGUGCCGACAGAAUUGCUCAUUUUGAAGGAGAAGUUGCAAUAG